AUGGCUUAUUCAGAGACGAAUGUCCAAACAUUCACUUCUGCUGACCGGAUACGGCAGCUAAACGAAAUUGACAAAGUGCGCGCACCCACGAAACUGGUCCAUUCUGCCGGCCUCGCCAUCCAAGCCCUGACCAACGCCAAGUCCGAAGCCGGCAACACGGUUGAAUCGCGCAAGGCGGCGUUCAAAGCCGCGGCGUCGCAGUACUUUGCUCUGCUGUCCUCCAUCGACGUCCGAUUGCGUCGCCAGGUGUACGCGCUCGAGGAAGCAGGGAUUGUUGCUCCGGAGUCUGGCCCCUCCCGGGCCGGUGAUGCUGCUGCCGCGGCUGCAGCUGGCGGAGGUGCAGCUGGCAUCAACCCGCUCGAGAUCAGUUGGCUCAAUAGCCGGAAAGACACCGUGGGCAAGGAUAAGGAAGCCGAGCUGUGGGCUGCUGCUCGGGAAUUCGUCGCAAACGUUCGUGCGCAGUCGGGCGAUGGUGCGGAGAAGCGAAGCAAUGGCGAAAGUGGGGACAAGGUCGAUGGUCAUAACGAGAAAAUGGAGGUUGACUGA